UUAUCAGUAAUUUGGUUUUUUCUUUUGCAACAACUGUGGCAAUACUUGUGGCUUGGAUUCGCGAUAAUCACAACAUUUGCCGUGUAAUUAAGUAAUUAAUUGAUAAUAUAGAAACCAUAAUAUAAAAUAUAAUUAUUGUCGGAACAACCAAUUCUCUGCUCGCAUUUGCCAUGUAAAUGCACUAAUUAGUUGAUGGGUGUGCGUGUGAUAAGCGCUCCGGAACUUAAAUACGUUGUAAAAAUUGAAAAUUAAAUUAGUUUAAUUGUGUUUGCGCGCCGUGCAAACCAAAUUAAUUGUGGUUGCAAAUAGUAAUUUUUUUUUGCGCUAAUCUAAUCGGUGCCAUAAACAAGUUCGGCUAAAAGGCUUUGCAAAGGCAGGGGAGCCUGUUAAAGUCAGUUAUAUAACAAGUGGAUGCGUUCAAGUGUUCGAGUUUCAAGUAACCUCGAAAGCCAAAGGCAAGAAAAAAGCAACAGAAAUCCCCAGAAAAGAUAACUACAACAACAACCACAACACGAUAGUGUAUUAAAAGGCUCAUCAGCGCACAUAAACCGAAAUCUUCUGUAAUUUGCUCAAUUGAACGCAAACUGAGCAGUCAGUGUGCCGCGUCCCACUAUAAUAUCCAAGAGAUACAUUUGGAGCUUGGAAAGCGCACAUCAGUCUGGCAGACAGCAGACAACAGCCAGCACCCAGCACCCAGGCUGGUUGUAUCUUUUCUCUACUAAUUGCUAGGGAUUCAACUUAAGCCCCAUCAUGUCCUUUACAAAAUGCAGCCUCUUAGCGCUGCUGGCAUUCCAUGGAAUCUGCAGCCUAGUCAGUGGCUAUAGAGUGGGUGUAGGCCGCGCCGAUAUUACCGGACCACCGGUGGAAAUCAAUUUCAUGGGCUAUGCGAACAUCAAACAGGUGGGUCGCGGUCUCCAUACACGCAUCUUCUCACGCGCCUUCGUUGUGGAGGAUGACAAUGGCCAUCGAGUGGCAUUCAUCAGCGCCGAUUGUGGCAUGAUGGGCUAUGGUCUGAAACGUGAGGUUGUCAAGCGUCUGCAGGCACGUUACGGCGACAUUUAUACCACGGAUAAUGUGGCCAUUAGUGGCACACAUACGCACGGCGCCCCUGGAGGUUUCCUGAUGCACCUGCUCUACGACAUUUCCAUUCUGGGCUUUGUGCCCCAAACCUUUGAGGUGAUGGCUCAGGGCUUGUAUUUGAGCAUCAAGCGGGCCACAGAUAAUCUGGUCGAUGGCAAGAUCUUUCUAUCGAAGACUGUCGUACUGAAUGCCAACAUCAAUCGCUCACCCAGUUCGUAUCUGCGUAAUCCCGAAGAGGAACGCGCACAGUACGAGCACGACGUGGACAAGACGCUGACCCAGUUGCGCUUCGUGGACAAGGAGAAUAAUCUGUUGGGUGCCUUCAACUGGUAUGCCGUGCAUGCCACGUCCAUGAACAAUACAAAUAAGCUGGUGACCAGCGAUAAUGUUGGAUAUGCCGCUCUACUCCUGGAGAAGGAGUACAAUCCCAACAAAUUGCCUGGCAAGGGAAAAUUUGUGGGCGCCUUCUGCUCCUCGAAUUUGGGCGAUGUUUCGCCAAAUAUUAUGGGUCCCAAGUGUUCGAUUUCUGGCAAUGAUUGCGACAUAUUGUCCUCCACCUGUCCACCUGGCGAAGGCGAAUGUUUCGCAUCCGGUCCGGGUCGUGAUAUGUUCGAGAGCACCCAAAUGAUUGGCCAAAGACUUGCCGAGGGCGCUCUUAAUUUGCUCAAUGAGCAGAGUCAGGAGUCUACUGCACGCGAGGUUACAGGCGAUGUGCGCUUUAUUCAUCAGUUUGUUGAUAUGCCCAAUUAUAAUGGCAGUGCGUACAAUCCGUUGUCGAGAAAACUGGAUCCAGUACGGGGCUGCCAGCCAACAAUGGGCUAUAGCUUUGCCGCAGGAACCACCGAUGGUCCAGGUGCCUUUAGCUUUGCUCAAGGCACCACCACCGAUAAUCCCAUGUGGAAUUUUGUUCGUGACUUCAUUGUGCCGCCCACUCAGGAGGAUAUCAAGUGUCAUGAACCGAAACCUAUUCUUCUGGCCACUGGAAGGGCCACCUUUCCCUACGAGUGGCAGCCCAAGAUAGUAUCCACACAGCUAUUGAAGAUUGGCGAUGUCCUCAUUGCUGCCGUGCCCUGUGAGUUUACGACUAUGGCUGGACGUCGGCUACGGAAUCAAAUACGUGCGGCAGCUUCAGCGGCUGGCGGUAUAGAUACGGAGGUCAUUAUUGCCGGUCUGACGAACAUAUACUCGAGCUACACGGUGACGCCGGAAGAGUACCAGGCACAGCGUUAUGAGGCCGCUUCUACGAUUUUCGGGCCACACACACAUACCAUCUAUAUGGAUGUGUUUGAGCGGCUCACCAAAGCCAUGAUGCGGAAUGAUACGGUAGAUGCGGGUCCGAGUCCGCCCUAUAUGAACGAUGUGAUGUUGUCGCUGAAUACGGGCGUACUCUUCGAUGGACAUCCGAUAGGCACAGAUUUCGGUUAUGUGAAGAUUCAGCCCAAAAAGGAAUACGGCAUCAAUGAUACGGUGAAAGCCACAUUUAUUUCGGGAAAUCCCCGCAACAAUCUUUUCACAGAGAAAACCUAUUUCGCCAUUGAGCGAAAGAUCAAUGAGGAUCGCUGGAAGGUCACUUACACGGAUGCCAGCUGGGAAACCAAAAUGGUCUGGCAUCGCACCAACACAAUUCUGGGCUUCAGCGAGCUGGAGAUAUACUGGACCAUUAGUCCGCAGACCUUGCCGGGCGUAUAUCGCAUACGACAUUCCGGUGAAUACAAAUACAUUUUGGGUGGCAAGUAUCCCUAUGAGGGUCUGACGCAAUCGUUCACCGUCUCGGAGGACUAGAAGCUGCUAAUUCCUAUACAUCCCUUUUUUUCUGGACUACCGAUUUACUUGCAUAUCAAUCCAUAUAUUUAUUUACCAUAAAUAACUGAAAAGGAAAAGCUUUAUUUUUGCAACUACAAAUAAAAGAGAUGCCAAAUUUUGUUAGUAACAAUGUUUAAGUGAUUCUAAA